AUGACUAACGAUCUUCGUGAACUUCAGAAGGAGGAAAGGAACAUUCGGAGGACUCUCGAUGGUAUGCAGUAUUUCGUAGAUCAUUAUGAAGAGGAGCAGAGUGAUCAGGUGGAAAUCCGCUUGCAAAGAUUGGAGGAGGUGUUCAAGGAAUUCCACACAGUCCGUCGAAGAAUUGAGUUGUUGAUGGAUGACAUUGUUCCUGAAGAAGAAACUGAAAUCAAGAUAUCCAAGGAACAACAUCAAGUUCGCAUAGAUGCUGUGAAGAAGGCGAGAGAGGAAGAAAACGUGCAGAUCGUUAUGAAGAUUGAAAACAGCUACUACAACUUGAAGGCUGCUCUUUCAAGGUUAAUGCCGAAGCCUGAUCUUGUUGGAGUUAGACCUGAUGCCCGACCAGUACCGCAAGCCGUUCCAGCCAAUGGUUGGAGAGUAAAAUUGCCUGAAGUAAGACUGCCGAACUUUAGUGGACAACUCAUGGAGUGGGUCACCUUCCGAGACACUUUCCGUAGCUUGAUACACAAUAACCAACAGUUGACAGCUGUGGAUAAGUUCUCGUACCUACGAUCUUCACUGACGGGCGAAGCUCUACAAGAGAUCAACUCGGUGGAGAUGUCCGAAGUAAAUUACGAGGUAGCUUGGACAACACUGGAACGGAGGUACGAAAACAAAAAGUUAAUCGUCAAGGCCCAUUUGGAUUCCUUGUUUGCGGUAGAAGUUAUGAAGAAGGAAAGUUACGAAUCACUGAGUAAGCUGGUUGGUGAUUUCAAGAAACACUUGUUGAUGCUGCAGAAAAUCGGAGUGGAGACCGCCAAUUGGAGCACCAUAUUAGUGCACAUGGUUUGCUCGCGCUUAGAUUCCGCUACUCUUCGACACUGGGAGACACAUCACAACUCGAAAGAGGUUCCCACAUACACGAACCUAAUCCAGUUUCUGCGCGGACACUGUUCCGUAGUACAAUCAGUCGCUCCCGUGAAGUCCAUCCCAGUCCAGGAGAAACGGCCCAAGCUUGGAGUGAGUAAUUCUGCAGUUCAAUCGUGGAACAAGUGCGCAUUUUGUGGAGAGGCAUUCCAUUCUGCAUUCCGCUGCAUCAAGUUCCUGAAACUGAAGGUUCCCGAACGCUACGACAUGGCACGACGAAACAAAUUAUGCCUCAACUGCUUAUCAGCAGGACAUCAGUCGAAGUUGUGCGUCAAGGGGUCCUGCCACCAUUGCCAACAGAAACAUCAUUCCCUGUUGCACAAUUACUCAAAUCAGUCUGUCAAAUCCUCCGUCUCGUCGCAAGCGAAAUCUUCAUCAGCGAACCAACAGCAACACCAGACACAAUCACACACUCAAGGCCAGUCUAUACCCAACCAAACCACUCAACCUUCCACAAGCGCUCUCCCUAUUACACUCUCGCAGAACACUAAACCACUGUUCACCACAAACCAGACAUGCACUAGUCAGAACACAAUUUCACUGUCAAUCAGUAACCAAAACCGUACUCGAGACGUACUGCUAUCCACUGCUGUGGUGUGCGUUAAAGAUCAGUACGGAGCGACACGACUAGCCAGAGCUUUACUAGAUUCGUGUUCGCAAUAUUGCUUUAUGAGCACCAAUUUCUGUCAAAGGUUAAGGAUGGUCAAGGCAUUCAUCUUUCCCCGAUCUGGUGAUAUUUCGUCGUAUACCGAAAACAUGCCGUUCUAUGUGCUACCAGAGUUGACAGCAACACUUCCCGUUCGAAAGGUCAGCACCGGUCAAUGGAUUCUUCCUAGCAGCAUCGUGUUGGCAGACCCGCAGUUCAGUGAUCCAGGACCCAUCGAUAUCAUCAUUGGAGCGGAGUAUUACUUUGAUCUCCUUACCGAUGGGCGCAGCAAGAUAUCGAAAACCGGCCCAACUCUGCAGAACACCGUCUUUGGCUGGGUCGUGUCUGGUCCCAUUCCAAAUCAACAAGUAAAUCCGCCUCAAGCAGUGUCAUAUUCAUGUACACUAGCGGACAUCCAAGACCAGUUAGCACGAUUUUGGGAGCUGGAAUCCUGCAAAUCCAGCAGCAUCCAUUCUGUGGAAGAGUCAUCGUGCGAAGCUGUUUUCGACGAAACAACAACACGGGACAGCAGUGGAAGAUUUGUAGUGUCCCUACCGAAGAAGGAGUUCGUGAUGCAGCAGCAUGGAGAAUCUGAACUAAUCGCUACUAAACGUUUUCUCGCCCUGGAAAGACGCUUGGAAGCAAAUCCAGAUCUGAAAGCUCAGUACCAGGAUUUUAUUCACGAGUACGAGCGGCUAGGCCAUAUGAAGCAAGUGGACAUCAACGAUUCAGUUUCGUUGAAGGCAUUUGGCGUUUGA